CUCGUAACCCGGAGUAAAUGGGCGUUCUGCCAGGCCAAGGGCUAUAAAAGAGGUGAUGCAACGCGCUCUGAGCUACAGUCGCACGCAGCGAGGCGCGCACAUCUCAGCUCUCUUCCCGCGCCGCCGCCGGAGCGGACCCACCAGCCAGUCAGUGCGCAGGACGGGCGUCCUCGGCUUUCGCCCGCCGGCUGGACGGACAGCCAGCCCGCCCCCGCCCGCCUUGCGGACCCUGGCCGCCCCGAGCGGAGACUGGAGCAAAAUGAUGCUUCAACACCCAGGCCAGGUCUCUGCCUCGGAAGUCAGUGCCUCUGCCAUCGUCCCCUGCCUGUCCCCUCCUGGUUCACUGGUGUUUGAGGAUUUUGCAAAUCUGACACCUUUUGUCAAGGAAGAGCUGAGGUUCGCCAUCCAGAGCAAGCACCUUUGCCACCGGAUGUCCUCUGCACUGGAGUCGGUCACUGUUAGCGACAGGCCCCUUGAGAUGGCAGUCAUGAAAGCCGAGGUAGCCCCUGAAGAAGAUGAAAGGAAAAAGAGGCGACGGGAAAGGAAUAAGAUUGCAGCCGCCAAGUGCCGAAACAAGAAGAAGGAGAAGACGGAGUGCCUGCAGAAAGAAUCAGAGAAGCUGGAGAGUGUGAAUGCUGAGCUGAAGGCCCAGAUUGAGGAGCUCAAGAAUGAGAAGCAGCAUUUGAUAUACAUGCUCAACCUUCAUCGGCCAACGUGUAUUGUCCGGGCUCAGAAUGGGCGGACUCCGGAAGAUGAGAGAAACCUCUUUAUCCAACAGAUAAAAGAAGGAACGUUGCAGAGCUAAGCAGCUGUAGUAUGGGGGAACUGGAGAGUCCUCACUGAAUUCUCCUUUUACACCCCAAACUCUGAAGCCAUUGGAGAUCUGACUUCCUGUCCACCUCUAGGAUCCCAGCAGUAGAGAACCACUGAGGCAAGAGGGCCCGUGGUGACUCAGCUGGGCCUUUCUGCUCUGCCCCAGAGCGGACUCUGGACCUGGAAAAGUGCAUCCUUUGCCUCAGCUCCGGGUUUUAGGCCUUACCAUGCUGGCCGUGCUUCCAUGCUCCACUGGCCACUGGUUAGGGUCCUGCCCGCCUUUCUUCUGGAUUCUGCAAACACCAGGACUCCCACCACUAGGAUCAUGCAGAAGUGUCUGUACCUUGGGUGGAUGGGGUGGGGCCACUUCCUCCAUUGCUGCUGCCACCCCUUCUCAAAGGGGGAAUGGAAUGAGAAUGGCAUUUAGUGAAGUUGUGCAUUGGCUUUCUAGCAAAGAUGCUAUUAUGUAGAGGAAUUAUGCGUGCAAGGCCUUCAUUUUAAAACCAGGCAUUGUGCUCUUUUGAUGUUUAGUGCAACACUGGUGUGACAUUUCUGUGAUUGUUCUCAGAUAUCGUUUCUGAGAGUCGAGGGUGGGGGGCUGUCACCAUGUGCAGUGUCUUACAGAAUGUUCAGAUGCCCGGAAGGGCUUGUCGGCCCUGGCGGAGCAGAGUCCUCCUGCUGGUGAGCAGUGCAGCAUGGUGCCAACAGAGAAGGCCUCGUUUCCCUUGGCACCCAGGCAUUAAUUCAAAACCCGCAGGUAUGACUGCAGGUCCUUUGCUGCACACUCAGUUAUAAUAUCGCAGGAAGAAAGCAGUAAGAAAAAUCCAGCUUCCAAGGGGUUCGAACUCUCUGCUUAGUGACUUAGGUCAGAAGUUAUUUCUAAGCUGGAAGAGCCAAAGAAUUCCAUUUUCCUUUUCUUGUGGUCAAAAACCACAGUCCAUGGAGACACAUGUUUGAAGCCAGGUGAUGCCUGGGCUUUAGCAUUAUUGGAUACUAACAGCCUUGUUUUUGUCAUUUAGAUAUUUUUUAAAAAUCUGGCCCAGGGCAUUUGCAGCAGUGAGAAGAUGCCCUGGUCACAAGUGCUCUGGCCACUAUCUGGUUAAAUUCUGAUGUUUCUGUGAAAUCCUCAGAGUGUUCAGCCUAUUCAAUAUUAUCAUUACAAUUUUCUGUAAGAGAAAAUAUUACUUAUUUAUCCUAAUGUCCUUAACCUGUCAAUAUAAUAAAUAUCAGAACC